UAACGAACUUAGUCGUAAGUUAAAAGGAAUCCUAAUAAACUUAUAUUAAAAGUGAGAGUCAUCCUAGUUCUAGUGAUAUAAUCUGCUCAGAUUUUUUCACUCCUUGUGUGUGUGUCUUUCUCCAACCAUACCUAAUGACUCCUCCCAAUAAAACAACACCAGAGCUUAUUGGUGGAACUCUUGCUAACAGAGAGAGAGAGUCCUCCCCCCACCUCCCUCAGUAAACACUGUUACCAUAUAAUUUUUCGAAGUCUCUCAAGAAGGUGUAACAGGUGAACCUGUGUCCAACUGUAUGUGGUAAGUUACUUAUGUAAAAAUUAAAUAUACUUGCCAAGUAAUUACAGAUUUGGAGCCCUCCCUCCUCCCCACACAUAUAGGUUUUAGGUCAUAAACAAAUUGUUCCUCUUCUUCCAGAAAGUAGGCGGGACUAGUUACCUACAGCCAAAACAAGAUAAUCGCUACCGUUAAUUUCAAAUUUUGGCUGCCGAUACUAGAAACUGUCAGCUGUGUAACUAAUUCUUGUUUACUUUGAUAUAUAUAUAUAUAUAUAUAUGUAUAUUUGGAUUCAAGUAAAAAAUAGCUGAGUCAUGGCAGGGACCGAGAUGGAUAAAGAAGUUGAAUAUGAAGGGCUUGAGGUACCGCACAGUGAGGGGAAACCUCUUCGGAAAAAGAAAGCAUAUAUGAUUGCUGUAGUGGUUGCUUCUACAUCGAUCAUCAUCCUCCUCAUCAUCCUCAUCAUCUUUAUAAACAAAAUGUCCCAGAAUGAUAUAAAUGUUAAUGAAGGUUUUCAGGCAGUUCUCCCCCAAAAGAAGAUAUGCUUUGACCCAGCUGACCCAUCUACCUAUGAAGAAUAUGUGAAAGUUUAUAAUAAGACUAUUGAACUCACAGGUUAUGGGCCCAGCUCAAGCAAGAGGAACUUGUAUUUUGAUGGUGAUGAAGAGAAAUAUGAAAUGUGGGAGAUAAAAUUUCUAGCCCAUCUGAGACUUCGAAAGCUUAUCCUAGACGAAAGUGAAGAUCGAACUUCAGCAGAAUUCAUCGACAAAAAUGCUGACAUUUUCGCCGAGAUCGUUCAAGUUCUAGAUGACAAGAGCCUCCAAUUAAUAAUGAGAGAUGCAGUCAACGAUGGAAGAAAGGCAUUAGCGAUUCUACGGGACCAUUACCAAGGUACAGGCAAACAAAGAAUCAUCUCCCUCUACACGGAGCUGACGUCACUGAAAAUGAGAGGGGAAGAAUGUGUGACGGAUUAUUUUCUUCGAGCUUAGACAACCUCUACUUCGUUAAAGUCAGCUGGUGAGACGAUCAGCGACAGCCUUCUUAUUGCUAUGGUGUUGAAGGGUCUUCCAGAGGAAUUUACUCCAUUUAAUACUGUUGUUAUGCAGAAGGAUAGUGAGCCUACGUUUCUGGAAUUCAAGUCUCUGCUACGGAGUUAUGAAGAAAGCCUGAGGAGUCGAGAGGCACAUAGGCCUAAUGUGAAGAGUGAGAACAUCCUUAAGGUGAAUUAUAAGAAUCCUGAUUUUCAGUGUGGUGGGUCUGCCAGUGGCUCAUCAGUAAGGUGUUACUCAUGUGGUAAGCCUGGACAUAAGUCUUUCGAGUGUAGGUUGAAGAAAGACAGAGGUAAGUGGUGCAAAGAAUGCAAAACCAUUACACACAAUUUUGAUAAAUGUAGAAAGGCUAAUAGGCCUGCUAGAUUUUCUAGUGCAACUGUGAAUGUUUGUAAGCCUAGAUCCGCUAAUAAUUAUAAUGAUGAAGAAUGUUGUUUCAAAAUAAGUUGCUCUGUUGAUAACAUAUCUACAGAUGUAUGUAAUGUUCUUGUUGAUUGUGGUGCUACUACCCACAUCAUUACUGAUAAAUCCAAGUUUAAGUGUUUUGAGGAAGACUUUGAUGAAUCAAAACAUGUGGUUGAACUUGCAGAUGGUGCAAGAUGCAAGAAUAUUGUUAAAGGUAAAGGUAAAGCUAAAAUUGUAUAAAACAGAAUGUUGUUCUUGAUAAUGCCGUGUAUAUUCCUACUUUUAAGCAGAAUAUAUUUUCUGUACAAUCAGCUGUUAGUAAAGGAGCUACAGUAAGCUUUAAUCUUAAUCAUUCUGAGUUGAUAAGCCCAAAUGGUGUGUCUUUUGAAAUAAAUAAGAAAGGUAAGCUGUAUUAUCUAAAUAAUGUAAGCUCAUGUAAAUCUCGUUCACUAAAGGAGUGGCAUAAGGUUUUGGGACACUGCAAUGUUAAAAGACAUUUUGAAGUUAGAAGAUAAAGCUGAAGGUAUGAAAAUUAGUGACAAAAGUAAUUUUGAUUGCAUAACUUGUCAUGAAGGUAAAAUGCAUUUAUCUAGGAACAGAUUACCAGAUGAGAGACCAAAGAGUAAAGUGGAAUUUGUACAUUGUGAUCUUGCUGGACCAAUGAGUAUUGAAUCAAGGGAAAAAUCUAAAUAUUGUAUUGUUUUUGUAGAUGAUUAUUCAGGAUCUGUUUUUGUUUAUUUCUUGAAACAGAAAAGUGAUGCACUUAAUGCUAAUAAGAAAUUCCUUGCUGAUACUAGUUCUUAUGGUGUUGUUAAAAGAUUAAGGUGUGAUAAUGGAGGAGAAUUUACUUCUUCAGAAUUUAAAGAAUUUCUGGUAAGUAAUAAGAUUAAACAAGAAUGUCUUCACCAAAUUCACCACACCAAAAUGGUACUGCUGAGAGAAUGUGGCGUGCAUUGUUUGAAAUGGCUAGAUGUCUCUUAAUUGAAGCAAAGCUACCAAAAUUCAUGUGGAAUUAUGCUGUUAGGGCAGCUGUUUAUAUAAGGAAUAGAUGCUACAGUUCUAGACUAGAUAAAACCCCAUAUGAAGUGUUAAUGUCUAAGAAGCCUAAACUUGAAAAUAUGCAUAUUUUUGGUUCCCUGUGUUAUGCUUAUGUAGAAAAGAAAGCUAAGCUUGACCCAAGAUGUGAAAAGGGAAUAUUUGUUGGCUAUGAUUCAUACAUUCCUGCUUAUCUUGUAUAUUAUCCAGGAACUGACAGUUUGAAAAAGGUUAGGUUAGUACAUUUUACUGAUAAAUUCAAUUUUGAUAAAUCCCAAUGUCUAAAGGAAGAUGGUGAAUCAGAAGAUAGUGAAUCGGAUUCUGAUAAUGAGAAUCAAAGUGAUCCUGUUUCUAAACCUAUCCUUGUUGAAGAUGAGCAUAGUGAAAUUAAUGCAGAUUUGACUGAAACUGAAAGGGAAGGUGAGUCCCGUUAUCCAAGUAGGGAGCGAACUGCUCCCAAAUAUCUUGAAGAAUAUGUUGAUCCUGAUAAGGUUGAUUUACUGGGCUAUUCUGUUCAUUAUUGUUGUAAGGUAACUGAAAUUCCUGAAAGCUAUAGAGAGGCAUUAAAUUCACAUGUGGCUCACAAAUGGAAAGCUGCAAUGGAUGAUAAGAUUCAAUCUUUAAGCGAUAACAAUACUUAUGAAUUGUGUAGUUUACCAAACAACCGUUGUAUUGUAGGUGGACGAUGGGUAUAUGCCAUUAAAGAAGGGUUAAAUGGUGAAGAGCAAUAUAAAGCUCGCUAUGUUGCAAAAGGGUAUUCUCAAAUUGAAGGUGUUGAUUAUACUGAUACUUUUUCUCCUACUGUGCAUAUGACCUCAAUUAGAAUGCUUAUGCAAUUGGCAGUACAACAUGAUUUAAUUGUGCAUUGUAUGGAUUUUAAAACUGCCUAUCUUAAUUCUGAUAUUGAUUGUGAAAUAUUUGUUCAACAGCCUGAAGGUUACAAUGAAACUGGUAGUAAUAAUGAACAAUUGGUUUGGAAACUGAAUAAAUCUCUGUAUGGUUUAAAGCAAUCGGGCAAAAAUUGGAAUAAUAUGCUCCAUGAUUUCUUAAUUCAAAAUAAUUUUGAGCAGUCAUUAAGUGAUCAUUGUGUGUAUGUUAAUAAAAGACAUAACUCACAUGUAAUUAUUUUGGUUUGGGUUGAUGAAAUGAUCAUUGCCAGUAGUAAUGAGAAAGCUCUGUUUGACACUAAACGUGUAUUAUGUCAUAGAUUUAAGAUGAAAGAUUUGAGGAAACUUUCAUGGUUUUUGGGUGUUGACUGUUGAGUUUGUUUUUGAUUACCAUGAUGCAUAUAUUUGUUUGAUGUGUAGUAAUUUGCAGAUUGAUGAGAAUAAAAGUUUAUGAGGGGGUGUUAGAAUAUUAAACUUUUAUUUAUGAUGCAUUAGUAAUGCUGAUUAUGCGCUUGGGUGCAGUCAUUUGUUUUUACCAAUAAUUCUUGCGUUAUGAUGUGCGUGGCAUGACGCCGUUUUUGUAAAGUAGUGUAACCGGCAAGUUGAUCGCCGAAGGUACUCUGUACUGCUGUAUCUACCACAUUCUCCAUUAAAGUGACUCAUUUA